AUUAAAUAGGCUUUACUUUGCAUUUUAAUUAACGUGAGAUUAUUUUUUGUAUUUAGAAAUAAUAGUAACAACUUUUUUUUUCUUUUUUUUUUUUCUCCAACAUUUGUGGCACUGGCGUGGCGCCCCCUGAAGGACGGCGCCCUUAGCAUUUGCCACGGGCCGGCCCUGGUAGUAAUAUUUAAAUUAAUGUCAUAGAUGAUCUAGAUGUGCAUUAAAAUACAAAUAAAAUGUUAGUUAAGCUACUAAUUGUACUUCUAUUGACACAUAAACACAGCAUAUCGUGUAGAAAAUGAAACACAAAAUAAGACCUUGUGGACAAAACAGUUUGGAGGCGAUGACGUAACAAAACAGUGCGACUCCUCCCACUCUCCCUGGGCUCGAAACCACCGCUGUCUGAUUGGCCAAAGAAUCCCCAAAGACCCGCCUUUCUAUUCCGUGAUUGGUUGCAAAGUUGAGUAGCGCCGCCCACUUCGCUGAGAGUUGACUUGCUUUCUUGUGGAAUACUUGAGAAGAAGACGACGAAGAAGAAGAAGAAGAAGGAGAAGAAGUGUGAGGACAACAAGCCGACAUUCUCCUCCUCGUCCUUCGUCAUUACAGCCACAAUGUGGACGUCACGUCCACGGCAGGAGCAGGUGAGCCCUGCUCCACACACCUGCUGCUAAGCAUGCUGGCCAAGACUCCGCCCACCAGCAGCAACGUCAAUCUGGUCAACGCAGAAAGUGCGGACGCCACCGCCGACGUGCAGGACGGGAACAAGAUGGCCGACCUGGUGGAGAGCUUGGACGCCGGCGAGCUGGACUUUGACGAGGGAGAGGAGGCCGACUUUGAUGGAAACUGUCUCGGUGAUUGUGGUAUUCCCUUUUCCUGCGUGUACUCCACUGUGGGCUUCAAGGAGGCCAACGCCAAAGUCUUCCUUCCCAGCGUGCCCAUCAGCGCUCGCAUCCUGGAGGUGGAGCGCUUCACCACCGCCCAGGACCGCUUCAACGUGUCCCACCACCGCAGCGUCAACAAGUCCCUGCCCGCCGUGUUCAAGAUGGAGAUGAAGCACGGCGAGUUCACGUGGGUGGUGAAGAGGAAGGAGAAGCACUUCAUGGAGCUGCACAGAGAGCUGAGGACCUACAAGACCUUCAUGAGGAUUCCUCUGCCCUCACGCAGCCACACGGUGAGGAGGAGGACUGUGAGGAAGAGCGAGGUGAGGAAGAUACCUUCGCUGCCCAGAGGCGGAGGAGACGAGCUGGUGCGGGACGAGCAGGUGUCCAGCAGGCGGAGACAACUAGAGGACUAUUUGAACAAGCUGCUGAAGAUGUCCAUGUACCGCAAAUAUCACCACACUAUGGAGUUUAUCGACGUCAGCCAGUUGUCGUUCAUCCACGACCUGGGCCCCAAGGGACUGGAAGGGAUGAUAUACAAGCGCUCGGGGGGUCACCGUAUCCCCGGUAUGAACUGCUGUGGUCACACAAAAGCUUGUUACCGCUGGUCCAAACGCUGGCUGGUGGUGAAGGACUCCUUCCUGCUCUACAUGAAGCCCGACUCGGGCGCCAUCUCCUUUGUCCUGCUGUUGGAUAAAGAGUUCAGCAUCCGGAUGGAUUCCAAAGACACGGAGACCAAACACGGAGUCAGGAUUGACAGUUUGUCCAGGACGUUGGUGUUUAAGUGCAGCAGCUACAGACACGCCCGCUGGUGGGGUCAGAGCAUCGAGAGCUUGGUGAGGAACUACGGGAAGGCGUUCCUCCAAGAUCACCGCUUUGGCUCCUUUGCACAGGAGCAGGAGAAGGUUCUGGCCAAAUGGUACGUGAAUGGAAAAAGCUACAUGGAGGACGUGGCCAACGCCUUGGAGGAGGCCAGGGAGGAGAUCUUCAUCACGGACUGGUGGCUGAGUCCUGAGAUCUUCCUGAAGAGACCUGUGGUGGAGGGAAACUACUGGAGACUAGACUGCACACUCAAGCGCAAAGCUCAACAAGGAGUGCGCGUGUUUGUCAUGUUGUACAAAGAGGUGGAGUUAGCGCUGGGCAUCAACUCGGGCUACACCAAGAGGACCCUCAUGCACCUGCACCCCCACAUUAAGGUGAUGCGCCAUCCAGACCAUGUGUCCUCCUCAGUCUACCUGUGGGCGCACCACGAGAAGAUAGUCGUCGUCGACCAAUCGGUGGCCUUUGUGGGCGGGAUCGACCUGGCAUACGGUCGCUGGGACGACCGGGAGCACCGCCUGACUGAUGUGGGCAGCGUGACGCGCUCGGUGGCGUUAGAGCAGGCUGCCAACGCUCCACCAGGCAAGUUGGCGGCACCGCCCCUCGGUGACGGCAUCUCCCACAGCAACGGCGGGGGGACGCCACCCGCUGACGGCGUGGAGCUGCCGAAGCUGAAGGGCGUCGGCCGCAGCCGGCGGGCUCGCUUCAGUCUGUACCGACACCUGCACAAGCACGCCUUGCAGCCCGCCGACAGCGUCAGCAGCGUGGACAGUUCUGGGAGCGGCUCGCUGCACAGCCUGAAGACGGGCGUUGGAGAGCUGCAGGGAAACACUCGCUUCUGGCACGGAAAAGACUACUGCAACUUUGUUUACAAGGACUGGAUCCAGCUGGAAAAACCCUUUGAUGACUUUAUCGACCGCUACACCACGCCCAGGAUGCCGUGGCACGACAUCGCCUCGGCGGUCCACGGCCGAGCCGCCCGGGACGUGGCGAGACAUUUCAUCCAGCGCUGGAACUUCACCAAGAUCAUGAAACCAAAGUACCGCUCUCUGUCGUAUCCUUUCCUGCUGCCCAAGUCUCACUCCAGUGCCAACGAGCUCAGAUACCAAGUCCCUGGCUGUGUGAACACCACAGUGCAGGUCUUGCGUUCAGCGUCUGAUUGGUCGGCGGGGAUCAAGUACCACGAGGAGUCCAUCCACAGCGCCUACGUCCAAGUCAUCGCCAACAGCAACCACUACAUUUACAUCGAGAACCAGUUCUUCAUCAGCUGUGCCGACAACCGGACUGUGUACAACAAAAUCGGAGACGCCAUCAUUGAGCGGAUCAUCAGGGCGCACAAGGAGGGUAAGAAGUACCGGGUGUAUGUGGUGACCCCCCUGCUUCCUGGCUUUGAGGGUGACAUCACCACAGGCGGAGGAAACGCCAUCCAGGCCGUCAUGCACUUCAACUACAGGACUAUGAUCCGAGGGGAACACUCCAUCAUCUCCCAGCUGAAGAAAGAGAUGGACGACCAGUGGAUGAACUACAUCUCCUUCUGCGGCCUGCGCACGCACGCCGAGCUGGAGGGUCGCCUGGUGACGGAGCUCAUCUACGUGCACAGCAAGAUGCUCAUCGCUGACGACAACACCGUCAUCAUCGGCUCGGCCAACAUCAACGACAGGAGCAUGCUGGGUAAACGAGACAGCGAGGUGGCGGUGAUUGUGGAGGACACGGAGAAGGUCGCCUCUGUGAUGGACGGGAGAGACUUUGAAGCUGGUCCCUACGCGCUUCAGCUGCGGCUGGAAUGCUUCAGGACCAUCCUUGGAGGUCACAGCGACGCCAGCAUCGACCUCCGUGACCCCAUCAGUGAGCGCUUCUACAAGGAAGUGUGGAUGACCACGGCCGGCCGGAACGCCACCAUCUAUGAGAAGGUGUUCCGCUGCCUCCCGUCCUCGCUGGUGCGCAACAUGUCGGAGCUGGAAGAGUACCAGUCCAAGCCCGGUCUGGCCCAGACGGACCUGGCCCGGGCCCAGGAGGAGCUGCGGAAAAUCCGAGGCUUUUUGGUGCAGUUUCCCCUGGACUUCCUGUCCGAGGAAAACCUCAUGCCCUCCGUGGGCACCAAGGAGUCCAUGGUGCCCACGGAGAUCUGGACGUAGGACGACACCAGGGACUCUACUGGACUUGUUGGGGGCCAAGGAGGCGAGAAGGGACCAUGGUAACACUAAGAUGGUGACACUGUACGUGGUCCUCAUCCCCGUUGGAACUCUUUCACUGUCUUCAGCACACUCUGGUGCCUUCGCUGCCUUCCGUCCCGUCUGAACGCCAUCAAACCGAAAAAGUCUAUUUUAGCAGUUUUUGGUGAAAGCUCCCAAGGUGAAGUUGGCAGAAUUGACAAAUAUUCCAGCCAGCAGGUUUGGAUUAUUUAACUUCUCUCACAUAAUAAGUGAUGAAAGUAUAUUUGAGGGACUUGUGUUCAAUUCUAACCCAAUAAAUAUGCUAGAAGAGGGCUCCCCAAACUAUGGCCCGCGGGCCAGAUACGGCCCGCCAACGUCCAAAAUCCGUCCCAAGUAAAAAAAAAAAACUUUUUUAAAUGU